AUGCCGCAAAACAGUAACACCCUACCCGAACAUAUUGGAAAGCGAAUUCGCGCGUGCUUUGUAUCUUUUUUCCCUUCCUGCUUAUCACGUCUACGGCUUCUUGUGGCAGGAGAUGUUGAAUCGAACCCUGGCCCCGAAACCCGAAGCGCUGAUGUUCAAACAACAAUCCUAGCAACUGUGCAAAGAAUUGAAGAAGGCCAAACACAAAUUCUAAGUGAAGUGAGACUACUGAAAGAUAAACAGAAAACCACAGAUACUAAACUGCAACAGUUAUCGGACAAAGUGACAGCACUAGAAGCCGAGCUUGCGCAGUUGAAGUCCCAAUCUCCCUCCCUCUUACCUUCUGAAACCAUCCCGUUACUUGAAUCUAAAAUUAGUCAUGUACAGGCUAGAUGCGACGAUGCAGAAAACAGACUUCGCCGUUGUAACAUUUUGUUUUACGGUAUCGAGGAUUCUGAAAACGAAACGUGGGCCAUGAGCGAGGGAAUCAUUUUAGAAUUCUGCAUGCAAAAACUUAAACAGACCGUAAGCUCCGAUUGUGUUGAGAGGGCCCAUCGCCUGGGACGUUUUUCAGCGGGAAGAAAUCGGCCAAUAAUGGUGAAGUUUUCCCGAUUCAAGGCAAAAGAUCGAAUCUUAAUGUCCGGUCCAUUGCUUAAAGGGACACCUUUUGCCGUAGGGGAAGACUUUUCUUUGGAUGUUCGUAUUGCUAGAAGAAAACUUCUCCAUUUUGCAAACGAAAAAAAUAUGUCUUACAAGCUGACGUUUAAUAAGCUAAAAAUGGAUAACAGGAUAUUUGUUUACAAUCCCCUAUCAGACAGUGUAGAACAAUGA